AUGGCGUAUAACAACUACAACGACGCCCCUUCUUCCUCGUACCAGCAGAACCAAGCACCAAACCCAGGCUCAGAGACAUACGCACCCAAUCUCUCCAGCUACCAGACAGGCCCCGCGAAACAAACAGCCGGGCCGCAUCAGACAGAUUUCGCGAACAAACUCGAUCCUCGCGUGGACAGCGACCUCAACAACCGCGCUCAAUACGCCCCCGGCACAACGACAAGCACAAACGUCCAUCCUGGAGCAACGACGGACGCCGCGAACCCAGCAGCCUCCAAUCAAGGACCGCAUCCUUCCGGGAUCAAGAAUAAGCUCGAUCCUCGAGUGCAUAGCAAAACCGGCGAAAUGACGACCAAGACUACAAAUGGGGGUGGCACGGGCUCGCGUCAGGAGCCCGUUAACCCUGGUGGUGCUCGCCAGAGCACCAAUACCGCUGCUACUACCGGCGCCAACGGCGUUGUCGGGGGCUCGUCAACCGGUGCGCCUGCUCUUCCUACGCGAUCCUCUCGAUCUGAUUAUAGCCGUGAGCAAUCGAUCUAUAAUCCCGCCACUGGUAGUGGGUACACUCCGCGUCGUCAGCACGAGGAAACUGCGUCUGGCCAGCAGCAGCAGUCCGGCGCUGCUGCAUCUGGGAGUAAAGGGGAAGGCAUAGGGCAGGCAAUCAAGGGAACUUUUGCUGGCAUUCAUGGUGCUGGCGAAUCCAUCCGAGGCAAUGUCAAUGCGGCUAUUGAUCGCGCCUUCAACGAGCCGGAGGGCGUAAAGAAAAAUGAAGCUAUUGGCCAAGAGGGUGAAUAUGAAGCGCGGUCUGGUCAAUUUGCCCCUUCUACUAAACAGCGUGAGGGCUUCAAUACUGGCAACCGACGGGUGUGA